AAAAAUUUCAGAUGGAAGGUUUUGUUAAGUUUAACGGGAACUUUAGUAACACUAUGCUAAGCUACUGACAUUGCAUCAAGUUUAACUGUAAUAGUGUCACGCCGUUAUAUCAGAAAUGGAAAUCCACUGGCGUGGCGUUUCAUUUGUUAUACUUACCCUUUCUCCCCGUUCUUUCCGGUAGCAAAAGGUACUCCAGCUCUUCCAUCUACUCGAAUGUCAAACCCGGUUCAGCCCUCCACAGCCGAUUUGCCUUCCGAUCCGCUUCUCAAACCCGGAGCCUUCAUCGACGUCAACGGCCAAAACCAAUCAUAUCAGCCGUCAAAAUCUCCCAAUGGGCCUAAUGGUGCCCAACCGGAGACGCCGGGACGAGGCCUGGACAACUCUUCGUCCUCGGCAGAGCCCAGGGCGAAGCGGCGCGUGGUGGCUCCGGAGACUUGGUUGCCAGCUGGAUGGUUGAUCGAAGAUAGGGUUCGGAGCUCCGGUGCAACAGCUGGAUUGGUUGAUAGGUAUUAUGUUGAUCCAUCCUCGGGCAGGAAAUUCAGAUCGAAGAAAGAAGUGCUUUACUAUCUUGAAACUGGAAUACCCCCUUCUAAAAGGAAGAAAGGAACAGAGACUCCUAGCAGUGAAGAAGUUUCUACAGGGAUCACUUCUGGCAACAAACAGAAGAAGUCUGAUAAAAAACCGAAGCCUUUGAACUUUGAUUUUAUUAAUGUGCCGGAAAAAGUUGAUUGGUUGUUGAUGAAUGCCUCUGCGGAUUCCUGGACUCCAUUCCUUGGAGAUGAGCAAGUGCCUGAAUCUACCACACGAGAUUGGGCUGCUGCAUUUACAUCGCUAACAGCCAGCAAAAGUGGUCAAGCAAUGUUUUGAAGACAUUCUACAUCUUAUUAGAUUCACUGUAUCCUUAAACGCAUGUUUCAUUCUGACCAGCAAUAGGCCUUUUUUUCAUCUCCAAUUGUUUAACCUCUAAUCACUCAUGUCUUUUCAUCUUUGAUGGGAUUAAUUUCACACGACAGCCAGGACCAACAAGAGUUAGGACCUUUCUAGUUAUGGGUUUGUUAUACACCCAUGUAUUCAUUUUUUGUUCUCUUUCCUCUGGUCAUAUGUAACCUAUAAACUAGAUGUUCCUUUCAAAAUAGCCUUGUUGUUUCAAAACUCAAGAAGAGAUAGGUUUUGCUUCAAUUUUUAGAAAAUGAAAUGCAGAGCCUGCUGUUGGGUUUCUCAUGGAUUAGUUCAUCUUGUUUCAGCAAUGCAUUUCUCAUUACAAGUAAAAUGUGCAUCUCCUAUUGUUUCAUUGACUGCGGAAAACAAGUUGAUCACUGAAAUCAAAUGCCGUUGAGCCAAGUUGGGUGCAGUUUUCGAAGAUUUGAUAGUUAUUCGAUUUUCAUCCAACAAAUUAGAGACAGUAAAAAGGAUCUUCUCUUAGAGGGCAUGCCUAUUCAUUUUGGGCCUACUGUGGGAUUGCAAAUUGUAGCCCACCACGAGUUCGUGGUAUGAUGAUAGCUGAAGCCUGCUUCGCCCUUUGGAAGAAUUAGCCCCAUAAUCACUUAUUAUUAUUAUUAUUUUUUUUUUCAGGAUUG